AUAUUAAUAAUUAUUUUCAUUUCUCGUUUCCAUUUCCAUUUUCAUCUCUCUCUCUCUUGAGUGAUUGAUAGAUAGAUAUAGGUAGAUCGUAGAUGAGCUAGCUCAUCGGAGAUCCUCCAUCGCCUUUGUAGGAGCUUUUAUGGUGACCAGGUCUUCUUCAACACUCCUCCGCCAUUUUCUCCCUCUCUUUCCGUGUCUUUUUUUUUUGCUUAAUUAAUUGUGAUUUUUGAGCUCUAAUUUUGUACGGCGUGGUCAACUCAAUUCCCAAUCCACGGCCGAGCGAUCUCCGGGUUUUGUAUUUGUAUCGCGUGUCUGGAUUUUUUGUAAUUUGCUGCUCCUUCUCUCUCGCGCGCUCUCGAGCAGGGGGGGAGAGGGGGAAAUCGCCAGCGAGGGGCCGGGAUCACCGCCGUCCGUCGCUCGCCGGAGUCCACAGAGUUUCCGAUCAGGGAAGAAACGGACCGGUCUGUUGCGGAGGGGAGACGUGUAUACGUAGGAAAUCGGGGGGAAUUGUGUUGUGGGCGGUACCUGCUGUUAACGUGAAUUGUAAAGAGAGAGAAAGGCGUCAGGCUUUGGUGGUUCUUUCACGGAACACACGCUCCUAGAUCGCUUCUUCAUUCUUCCUACCUUUACUUGCAUUUCCCGAUGAUAAUUUAUUCCCGUCUCUCUUUCUCUUUGUAUGAAAUGAAAUCCCCUUUUCCGUUCUGCCCCUUUCUUCCUCUGCUUUUUUGCUUCUGUUGUUGAAAGUUUUGCUUUGAAUUCCUUCCAAAUUUCUCUCUCAUUUGCUCUUCAGCAAAGUUGUCCGUACUCUAAAAGGUGCGUGCUUUCGUUUUCUCCCUGUGUUUGGCCCCUUUUUGAAUUGGUGUGUAUAGGAGUUUGAGCUAAACCUGCUACGUUCAUCUUUUGGAUCUGUUUGAUGGUUUUGUGUGUACAAAUUUCCUUUGAUUGGUUCAUUGUUGUAUUUGUUAUCUGAGGUACGAAGCACCUUCCAUAGAUAAAAGGAAUUUAAGAAGUUGUACUUUGAUUUAGUUAAGCACUUAUUUUCUAUAUAUGAAACUAAUUAGUACUUUACUAUCGUAUUUCCAUCAAUAUUAUUGCAGUUUAUAGAAAUCAGAUAAUGCUGUUUUUUCAUACAAUUGGAUGCGUAUGAUUCUCUUGAGUUGAGAUUUUUAGUGCAUUACAAGUCCAAGUCGCAUAAUGCCAGAUUGCAUAAUGCCAUCCCAGAUGAUGGGCCCCCAGAAUUUCUCUCCCUCUUCCUUCUUCUCCGAGGACUUGCAACCCCAUGAUGAGAGCCAGAAUGGGUUUUGGAAGUCAAAUAGCAUGUAUAAUUACAAUGGUUUAAAAGAAGAGAGAACAUUCAGGGAAGAAAGCGUCCCUUCAUUGCCGUUUGAGGACCAGACACCUAUAGGUUGCCAGAUCACAAAAGGUUUUAAACCUCACAAUUCAUAUUCUUAUUUACAAAAUGAUAGGAAGCUGGCAUCUGCAACACAAAAGCAUGCAAUCGGAUCAGAAAGAGCAGCCAGCCAAUCUUUGGCAAGAACUCUUGAUCACAGCGUAGGCACAACUUCUAUUUGCCAUACAGAAUCCACAUCUUAUACAUCGGAAAGAGACAACAUAAAGAUGCUUGGGGAUCAACAUGAAAAUGGUCUUUUUUCGAGUUCAUUAUCAGAGUUGUUUAGUAGAAAGUUACAACUGACAACAAACCGCUCUAUAUAUGGACAUUCCAUUGGUGCUACUGCUCUACAUAAUGAGGAAGAGGAACCUUUGGAAUCCCUUGAAGAACUCGAGGCUCAGACUAUUGGAAAUCUUCUGCCUGAUGAUGACGACUUAUUUGCAGCAGUCACUGAUGGGUUUGACUGUGUUGUCCAACCCAACAAUGGAGAUGAUGGAGAAGACUUGGACCUGUUUAGCAGUGUUGGUGGGAUGGACCUGGGAGAAGACGGCUUCUCCUCAAGCAGAAGGAAUUCUGGCUUGCUUUUAGGAGCUCCAGGUGGUAGGAACUUCCCGUUUGAAGAGUAUCCAUCCAGAACACUCCUCAUAAGAAACUUAAAUAGCAAUAUUGAAGAUUCUGAAUUGCAGUCUCUUUUUGAGCAAUACGGAGAUAUUCGUUCUCUUUCUACAGCCUGCAAGCAUCGUGGUUUUGUUGUGGUAUCCUAUUACGAUAUCAGAUCUUCCCUAAAUGCAAUGAAAGCUCUCCAAAAUAAGCCAUUGAGACACAUGAAGCUAGACAUACAUUUUGCUGCCCCUAAGGGCCAUCCAUCUGAGGACAUCAACCAGGGUACUGUAAUGGUUUUCAACCUUGAACCUUCUGUGUGUAAUGAUGAGAUUCAUCAUAUCUUUGGUGCCUAUGGAGAAAUUAAGGAGAUCCGUGAGAUUCCACAUCAAAGCCAUUACAAAUUGAUACAGUUCUAUGAUAGUAGGGCUGCGGAAGCGGCUAUAUAUGCCUUGAACAAUAGCUACAUUGCCGGGAAGCAGAUUAAGCUUGAACCAAGUCUUACUGCUGGGGCUAGGCAGUUGCAACAAUUUUCUCGAGAAACAAAACAUGAUGAAAUUGGUCUUCAUGUGCAACAGAAUAGUUAUCCUAGUAACUUUGUGACUGGAUAUUCUGGUCAAGGUACACUUGGUGGACUUGCUGCAAAGUCACUAACUCACUAUUCGGACAAUACCUUGGACCAUGGGAUAUCAUCAUUUAAUCCUAACUGCUUAGCCUCUCUGGUCAGGCUUGAAUCUGUUGGCAAUCAGUCUAAUCUCUGUGAUACCAGCCAUUUAAUGGGUCAAAUGAACAUUGAGUUCAUGCGCAAGACAAACGGCCUCCCCUGUUCUCUUCCAGAAUAUCUUGAUGGGUUAACCAAUGGAGUUGCCUCCAGUUCUCUAGGUGUCAUGUCCCCAAAUAUUAAUGGUUGGACGUCAGAAGUGACUGACAAUCAGCAAUUCCAUCGAGUUGGCUCAAAUAGGCUCUCGGUUGGGCUGCAUGAAGGCGUUUUUGGUCCCACUGGAAAUGGAAGCUGUGCACCAUCUGGAGGGCAUCCAUAUGCAUGGAGUGCUUCUCCCCAUCAUCAACAGCCUCCUCAAGAAAUGAUGUGGCCAAACUCACCAUCACUUGUAAAUGGAAUUCACACUGCUCACUCACAACAAAUGCAUUCUGUUUCUAAUGCACCUACUCACAUGCUGAAUACACAUCUACCAAUAAGCAACCACCACGUGGGAUCAGCCCCUUCUGUCAAUGCUUCUAUUUGGGAUAGAAGACAUGUGUAUGCUGGUGAAUCUCCUGAAGUUUCUGCUUUCCAUCCAGGUUCUCUUAGUAGCUUGCAGAUCACUGGCAACUCACCCCACCACACCUUGGACUUUGUCAGUUUUCCUCGGGGCGGUGGAAACUGUAUAGAUUCUCAAAUCACUUCAAAGAGUGUCGGAUUACCGUCUCCUCAUCAGAGGUGUAUGAUGUUUCCUCCGAGGGGCCAAAUGAUUCCUAUGAUGAGUUCAUUUGAUUCUCCAAACGAGAGGUCAAGAAGCCGAAGAAAUGAAGGCCCUUCAAAUCAGACAGAAAACAAAAAGCAGUUCGAGCUUGACAUUGAACGGAUUGUUCGGGGGGAAGAUAAGCGGACAACAUUAAUGUUAAAGAACAUUCCUAACAAGUACACAUCAAAAAUGCUUUUAGCUGCAAUCGAUGAACAACAUAAAGGAAUUUAUGAUUUCAUCUAUUUGCCCAUCGAUUUCAAGAACAAAUGCAACGUGGGGUAUGCAUUUAUUAAUAUGAUUGAUCCAUCGUUCAUCAUUUCUUUUUAUCAAGCUUUCAAUGGAAAGAAAUGGGAAAAGUUCAAUAGUGAAAAGGUAGCAUCACUUGCAUAUGCACGCAUCCAGGGCAAAGCUGCCCUUGUUGCUCACUUCCAGAAUUCUAGCUUGAUGAAUGAAGAUAAGCGAUGCCGUCCUAUUCUUUUCCAUACUGAUGGUCCCAAUGCAGGCGAUCAGGUUCCCUUCCCUAUGGGUGUCCAUGUCAGGUCAAGACCCAACAAAAGUCGAGUUGGCCCAAGUUGCGAUGAAAACAACCAUGAAACUCAAAAGAGCCCAUCAAAAGAGUCACUCUCACAUGGAGAGUCAUCUUCAGUACCUGUCCAGGAAUCCAAUAAAAUGCAGCUCACGUUUCUAUGAAUGAGACUUAUUUUCACCCAAAAUAUCCUCAUGUACAUUAUAGUAAUAUUAUUAUGGGUAGUGUCAAUGGAGAAGAAAGCUUAAAAGGAGGAAUGAAGGUAAGACUUCCUUUUGUUUCAGAAUAUUGACGGCCUUGUGAGUUUAGCUGAUAAAGAAUGACAAGUGUUGCCCCUUUUUAUGUGUGGGACCUACCCUAAUACCCAACAUAAGGUCCCCCCGCGGAGCUUCAAAAUUUUGGAAAUACUAAUUGGAUGUACAAAAGUGUAUAUGAGAAGAGUUUUGUUGGGCUGGCGCCGUGAUGAAGGCUUCGAUCUUGUGGUAAAAUUUUCCCCUACCUUGCCAGAGCAUGCCAAGGCAGACAAUUUUUGUUGUGAAUGUUUUGUGUACUGAACCUUUUUUUUUAAUUUGGUGUCUUGAACCUCGUGUUUGGGAUGUUAUUGAAACUCAUAAGCAUGUUCCUUGUUAUAGAUUGUGGCUGUAACUUUUGUUGUUGUUUGAAAUGGAAUGUUGUAUAACUUGUAUUUAUUUGGAUGUUAGCUACUGAUGUCACCGCUUAUUUGCUUAGAUUAUUCAUGAUGUUGCUGUGGAAUUUGAAACCUUGGACGGUUGGAC